AUGGAUCCAAAUGAAAGAAUUGAUGUUGAGGUGAAUAAACACGGAGCUCCAUGUGGUCCCGAAUCAGGUUUAUUUGCAUCUUUCCUUGGAGUUCUAGCUAGAAAUGGAAUGUUUACACCCUUGGAACUUAAUUGGAGAAAGGCUGAGUUUCGUCCUUAUAAAGCAAAGGUACUAGAUAUUGUUCAGACAAAGUUCCGAUAUCCACCUGCUACCAGCAAAUGGAUUCUCACAAACGUGAAUAGAAGGUGGAGCGACUACAAGACAAAACUCAAGAGUCUUUAUUAUGACCCUAACCUGCUGAUGAAGAAGUUCUUGCACAAAUCAGGUAUGACCAAAUUUACUUUAUUCAGAAUUUUGUAG